UGACCCGCCCCAUCCGGGAUGAGAAACAGAUCAUGUAACCAAUAGAAGCACGGGUAGUCUAUGGCCAGUCCCGCCUUUUCCUGACAGACGUCAGUGUCAGCCAAUCAGCAGCCUGGAUGCCGCGCCUCCCAACCGGAGACGGAUUUCCGACCCAAGUGUAGCGAAGAGCCCGUACUUUGUUUACGUCCCGUUGGUUAGCUGACAGCUGUCGGAGCGCUUUGCCCACACAGACACCCGCGCCUGCAUGCCUCUGGUGGUUCCUUGGAGCUUUAAUAACUUUGAACAGAGGGUCCUGGAUGUCAUAGAUGGGAUGUUUCGUUGAAUGAGGGGGACCCACUAGAUGCCAACAGGAGGAUGAACUCCAUCACCGGUCGGGUUCUCUCCAUCCCCGCCGCCUCUGUCACCAACUCUGGAGCUUCUUCCUCCCGAGCCCUUCAUGUGGAGCUCACAUCCCAGCAGAGACGGUUGCGUCAUCUCCGGAGCAUCGCAGCCAGAAACAUUGUCAACAAGAAUGGUUCUCCACUGCUGGACACUUACUUCACCCUCCACCUCUGUGUAGGCGACCGAAUAUCUAGAGAUUUUUACAAGAGUGAAGUCAUCCGGGAUUCACUGAAUCCAACCUGGCGGAGUCUGGACUUUGGCAUGCUGCCGGACCUCCUGGACACCUCAGUGUCAUGCUUCGUGGUGAGGAUCUGGGGAGGACAGGAGGAACAAUAUCAGCUCCUCAUAGAAUGGAAGGUCAAUCUGGAUGGCCUCAGAUACACAGGACAGCAGAUUCGAUCCAGAAAUCCAAAUGAGAUCAUCUUUGGUUUGAAUGAUGGCUACUAUGCAGCUGACUUUGAUCAUAAGGACCAGUCGGAGCGGAAGAAAAACAGUCUGCUUCAGGUCGACCAGAGUUCAGUCAGGAACUCCUACAGUGUUUUCUCUUUGCUUCGGCUUCACACUGCACAGAGAGCAAUCAAGCAGACACAAGUGACGGUGCAGAAGAUCGGGAAGGAGAUCGAGGAGAAGCUGAGGACGACAGCGACCUGCACAGAACGGAAAAAAGAGAGAGAGUGCAUGCAGCUGCGUAUAGCCGUGCUGCGAAGCGAGCUGCAGAGGCAGAGGAAGGCGCUCGGCAGGGAGAUUGACCUGCGGCAGAAGGAGCAGGCUCAGCUUCAAAAGAAAGAGGAAGCAUUCUCUGCUCAACACGAGAGUUUGAAGGAGGAGAAAGAGUCCUUAACCAAGCUGCAGAAGGAAUGCACCGCCAAGAGAGAGCAGUUCCUCAAGUCCAAUGCCCAGCUCACCUUCCGCUGUCGUCAGCUGCUGUCUGAGCUCUCCUACAUCUACCCCAUUGAUGUGGCCAAUCAGUCAGAUUUUGUCAUCUGUGGAGUGAAGCUGCCAAACUCUGAAGACUUCCAAGCAAAGGAUGAUGGGAGCGUGGCAGUCGCCCUGGGUUACACAUCGCACCUGGUCCUGAUGAUCUCCUGCUUCCUGCAGGUCCCUCUGAGGUACCCUGUGAUCCACAAGGGUUCACGCUCAUCCAUCAAAGACACCAUCACUGACCGACUCACCGAGAAGGAGCGAGAAUUCCCUUUGUACCCCAGAGGAGAGCGCUUUCACUUUGAGUACGGUGUCUACUUACUCAACAAGAACAUUGCCCAGCUGAGAUAUCAACACGGCUUGACCACCCCGGACCUGCAGCAGACACUACCAAACUUGAAGAACUUCCUGGAACACGGCCUGCUGGUUCGAUGUGACAGACACAAUGUAUCCAGCUCCAUUCCGGUGCCGUCCAAGUCCCAGCUCGGUGUCUCUGCUGCCUCAGAUAUCGGCUUCCCCUGCCACACCAGCUCCCCAGACAGAGGCCUGAGGAAAAGGGCGAGCUCAGAGGCCGAUAAGCACAACCACAAGCCAUCUCCUCCACCCAGCUACAACACGGCUAUGGCUCAACAGCAGCCCCCAGCUGGCCUAGAGCCUCCAUCGCCUUCACCCAAACACCUGUCUUCUUCCCUCGAUGCUGGCAUGGCCUCACUUAGCCUGACCAAGGGUACAGAGGUCAAUGAGGGGGAGCAGAAAGAGGAGAAGGAUGAGGGCGGGGAGACAGCGACGGAGGUGGAGAGACGUGGAAGCACCGACAGGAAAGUUGAAGUAGAGAAAGAAGAGACUGAAGAGCAACUGUCCAGUAGCACAGCUGCACCCACCACUUCUUCAGUGCAGUACUCUGGGGAGGAAACAGCAGCCUCCAGUCAGCACACAGGAGCCAUGAAUGGCUCUUUGGUAGCAGGACAGACGGCUGUUAGCCUUAUCCCUGAGCUGCGCUGCUCUGUGGAGCAGGCAGAGGAGAUCAUGGGCACAGAAGCGACUGGUUUAGGUCUGGGGUUGGGGUUAGGGGUGCCGGAUGAGGCCCGGAUGGAGGACUAUCGCUGCAUCCCCGUGGACCAUGCAGUAGCUGUAGAGUCUGACGAACAGGUGCUGGGGGAGCUGGACGCCGCUGGCUUUGAGGAGUUCUCCAGACGCAUCUAUGCACUAAACGAGAACAUGUCCAGCUUCCGCAGACCGCGCAAGAACUCGGACAAGUGAUGACGAGGACCUAAAGGAGGAGGGAGGCUUGAGAUGAAACUUGCACAGGGGUUUGGAUAUUACAAGGCGGGACAUGGACUGAGAGGACUAGAGGAUGGUUACCACUCCCUCAUUGCAUUAUCUGAAAUCAUAGGAGCGAUUCUGGAAUAACGACCAAUUUGCACUUAUUGUAAACAUUUCCAUCAUUUCCAUCUUUAAAAUAAAUGCAGUCAGACGUGCAAGUAUCGGGACAGGAAGCUUAAUUUUUAUUCAUGAAGCCAGCAUUAACAUACUUUUAACAAUGGAUGGAACAAUACUAAAACUAAUUCAUCCUAUGAGUUACUGUCAGCUAACGCAGUCUGUUGAUCCAUAACAGGAGCAUUCAUGUAAGCUUAUGUAACAUAACUUGGACUGCUUUUUCACUCUAAAUGCAGUAACAGACCUCGACUUCAUGUCCCAAACACUGGUGUUUCUAAUGUUGUGCUCAGACCACUGGAGUUUAAAUAUCCUACCUUUCUUUGAAAGCAGUUUGAGCACAGAGAUGAGGAGAAACUUAGCAGAAAUAUUUCUUUUCUAUUUUGUAUUUCAUUUUAUAUGCAACAGUGCAAAGAUAUAAAGUGCUCCAUAUUAAAAAGAACAUAAAGGAAAAAAAAAAGGAGUUUUUGUAAAACAAUAAUGAAAUUAAGUUAUCAAGUACAGACUACAUUACACAAAAAAGGUUAGGGGAAAAAAAGGGUUGGACUAUAAAUGAUGAUCACAAAACAAACAAAACAAAACAAAAUAAUUAAAAAAAUAUUAAUUAAUAAAAAAUUAAAAACGAGAGAAAUAUAUCUGUCUGAAACCAAACCCCCAGACUACUAGGUAUGAAAAUAAUAGCACUUCACAUACAACAAGAUUGAAAUAGUAGUGUGAAUGCCAGAUGCAGCCUCGUAAAACCUCACAUGAUCCUGCGUAUGAUCUUAUGUUGUCUAAUAAGAAAGUAAGUACACCUGUGCAGCACAUUGCGAGCACCUGUGCAGAGUAAUGGAGUCCAACACAACAACUCCACAAUAAAUCCUUCUUUUAAGAAGCUUCUUUGUAUAUGUAUGUACAGUAUAUGGACAGGUGUUCUUGAUAUAUUGUCCACCCUAUUAACAUACAUGAUGGGUGCUAAAUAUAAAGAACGCCUUUCAGUAUUAUGCAUUCACUAUCACCAGGGACUAGAGUCAUCAGGAUCUGACAGUUUUAGCUAAACUGAAAAUGUAGAAGCUCCCUAAAAGCUGGAUUUGUGUUGGAUGCAUUACAUUGCACACGUUGUUAUAAUACAUUAUUGCUGAUCAGUGUAUAAAAAGACAGAGGCUGAUGUGGCACGCCAACUUGUCCUAAUAAUGCUUUGAAACCUGGCAAGAUGACAGUGGAUCAUUAAAAUGUGCAGAACUCGUGAGCUCAGUUAAAUUUGUCAACAGUAAGAUGCUAGGUUGCAUUAAUCACUGUUGAACCCGAUUAUAUUUGUGUUUUCCUCUGAGAAAUGUUGCAAUGGUGUAAAUGCAACAGCUGUACCUUCAGCCUAUUGGCUUACACUAUUACCUAAAACUCAAAGUUUAACUCACAGGUAUAUUGUUCAUCCAACAUUUACAUUUAGGCUUCAACUUCAACAUGAUCUGCUCUGUUUGAGUCUGCAUCAAUAGAAGAACACAGAAACAAGACAAAGCUAAAAUAUGAGUUGGUAGCAGUGGCAGUUAUAGCAGAUUGACAAAUAGAGGCAGCUCCGGUCUUGAGAGCUUUGAGCUGAAUUGCUGCCCCAAAGUCACAUAAAAACACAUUCUAAAAAGCCCAUCUUUACAGCAACAAUAAACCUGUUUACAAGGCACACUUUUCAAUAGCAAGGAGGCUAAGGCAUGUCGCAAUUUCACCUUUCUGUUUCUUGCUAGGUGAACUGAAAGUAAGAUUGAUUCAGCAUUUCCAAUCCAGUGACUGCUAUCAAAAGUCUCCAAAACACUGCUUCAGGAACCAACGGGUAACGUCACUGAGACAACGCCCAUGUUUUAUACAGCUUGUGCAACCCAAAGUAAUUGAUUUGCAGAUUCACUACACAAAUAUUGAUUGAGCUUCACUUGCAACAACACCAGUCUUUAUAUCUUUUAAGACUCUCCCGGGGUCAUAACAUUUCCUUAAAUUUGAUGAGUCUACAAGCUGUUAAGGAUGUUUAUAGCUCCUGAGAGGACCUUUUUGGCUGAUGAUGAAGUGGACUGUAACAUAAAAAUGCCUAACCUAUAAAAGCAAAUGAGACCAUCAGUGACCAGAUUGAUCAUUUCUAUAUAUUUUUUAAUACUUGUUAGCACUGCCAAAGUGAGUUACAACGCACAGCAGAAACAGCCUGAUUUACAUUUGUCUUGAAAAGUAUUCACAUGAAAUCAUCAGUGAAGAGAUAGGACACACUGAUUUGUCAGGGGAGCACCAAAGUCAACACACAUCCUCCAGGUGUAAGGACAGGGAAAUGUGGGAUAAACUCCUGUAGUCUCCGCCUGAACUAUAUAAUUCUCAACCAGAGUCAGGACAGAAUGAUUUCAUGCAACUGCUUCAAGCUUUCUUUAACCAAAGAAGCUUCUCUUAUCUCACAGAGUCAGCUGUCCCAAUACUUCCACCUGUGACUGUAGACUCAAAUGUUUAUUACCGAGCCUUCAUGGAGGGUGCAUGAUGGCAGGUGUGUGCAGGUGGCAGGAUGUGAUGCAUACAUGUGUGUGUGUGGGUGUGUGUUUGUGUGUCAAGGCUUCACAUUAGCAUGCAUCGACAGUCACACACUCACAGUUUGGUCUGAAGUGGUCCCACCAAUGACCUUUGGACAUGAUGGGAAUUCACAAACACAAAGUGAGGUGGGAGCUGGAAACUGUGGCCCAAUCAGAGACUCCCUGACUGUGACACUCUGCAUCUCCUCCCUCGCCUUUCAGCUGCCCGACUCGCCCGUCAUCCUUCACACGGGGUCCAGUUUCUCCUUCAGGUCUACAGAUGAGGGUCCUAAAGAGCACAUGGCAGGGAUACAGUGCAAUUGUUUUUCUGUCCAUCUCCAUUUUCUCUUUGUUCUAAUUUUAUCAUCAACAUUAACACAAAUGCUAAUGUAACGUCCACUGAUUCUCUUACUCAGUAGACCAAACUUCAACUCUGUGUCUGUAUUCUGUUUGAAUGUCUCACUCAGGCUCUACUGUAAGUGUUAAUAGCAGGUGUCUCGAUCAGUGAUUUUUGUCCCGUGUCUCCAUGUUCUGAAUGCUUUCUUGCACUGGUAUUCAAUUAAUGCAUUAUUUAUGUCUCCUAAUAAUUGUUGUGUGCUUUGAUUCAAAAGAAAUCAAUGUUUAGAUUUAUUUCUCCAUCGACUUGCUCAUUAUUAUUGUCAGAUGUUAGACUGAUCUCAUUACCAGUGUCUGGGUCCAGCUGCUUUGCAUCGUCCGUCGUGACAAAGAUGGACUUUCCACCGGCAGCCCAAUUCCUUUCUCAGAUCCAGCGCUGUGGAGGCUGACUGUUGAGAAGUAUUGUAUUUAAAACUCAAACAUGAAUCAUGUUACAUCAUUUCCAUAAACUGCUCUACAGUUCAGUAAGUGACCAUGUACAUAUACUUUUGUAUGGAGGGUUCUUUUUUUUUUGUUAUUAAAGACUUACAGUCCAAUGGCAUGGAUGUAUGUAGCCCCCUUUAA